UAUAAUUAAGCCUACGUGGCAGGUAUAUUCAUUCAAAAUUAAACUCCAUUCUGGAUUUCUAUGACUUAAAUCAGCAGUUUCAGUUGACUAUUCGACCGUAUCACACAAUUUUCUUAUAUUUUGUAAGUUUCAGACGAACAAAAUUCGAAAAUAAAAAGAUCCCAAAGGAAAUUGAUACGCGAGUUCCGGGCAAUGCAUUUAACUGAGACCAUGGCAGAUAAUGUGUGCAUAUUUUGCUUAGACGAACAGCGACUACCCCACCGGAUACCCUGCGGACACUCGUUCUGCACAGAAUGUUUUGAGCACUACCUGCAGGUGGGACUCGACACUCGCUGCCCCUUGUGCCGGCAGGACUUUCGACCCCACACAGGUGGAGGAGGGGAGCCGCCUUCCGAUAAUGCUCCCAACGUUGGGCAGUACCCUUUGGACGCGGAUGACCGGGCUGACAUGGACCUGAUUGAAGACUUUGAUUCCCUUUCCAGCAUUGACACACUGCAGACGGACACUCUGUUGCUGACCCUCACGGACCAGGAGUGUCGGUUCUUCGACGAGCUCUACAGGGAGGCGCAACUGGAGGACGGACAGCGACUCUCAAACCCUCUGUAAUGGAUCACGGAAAGCCGAACUUUACGGCGCAGGAAUGAAGCUUCUUCAGGGACCUAUUUGGGCUGACGUAGUUGAAGGAAGAAAGCGGGAGCCGGAAACCGGACCUCUCCAGCUAGAUGCUAGACUUUAGGAAGGACAAGGAACACGUGCUCCUGUUAGAACUGUGAUAUCUAUUUUUUUUUUUUCUCUAUCGUUAGUAUUUAAGUAACUCAUAACUCAUUUAUUUAUUGCCAAUAAACAGUGCUUCAGACAUUCU